UAUAACAGGGAGGAGGCGACGACUGUUCUUUGUUUUUAGCUGCGUAGAUGCGAUUUUGGAGAAACAUGAUGUGGAAGAUUGUUGUUUUCACGGUUCUUGCGUCCGUUUUCGCCGUCGGACUGGGCGGUAUGGUGGGGGGCUUCAGUGAUGUAGAUGUCAACGACGAAGGGCUGCAGAAUGCCCUGAACUUCGCUGUUGUCCAACACAACAGGGGCACCAACGACUUGUACCUCAGCCAAGUGGAAGAAGUGGUCAAGGCUCAGAGGCAGUUGGUUGCUGGUAUGAAGUACGUCAUAACAGUGAAACUGGCCAAGAGCACCUGCAGAAAGGACAGCGCAAAUGAAGUGUGUGCCAUCCAGACGGACCCAGAAAAGACCCGUUCUUACCAGUGCAAGUUUACAGUGUGGAGCCGCCCGUGGAUUAAUGACAUCAGGGUGACGAAAGAGGAAUGCUAGAAAAAGAACGACGUGGGAAAUCUUUGAGAUUUGGCUUUGUUUGCAGAAUAACCUUCAAUCAGAGUGAGAUGCAUUUUCCUAUAGGUGAACCACAAACAUGUUGACAUUUUUGUGAUUUUACUGCUUGUGCUACUUCACUGUAUGCUAAACUGAGUAAACAUGUUUGAAACUUAAAAGAUGCGGUGUAGGGAUGCAAUGUAGAGGUCGACUGACCUUCAGAGGAGCACCUUUGUAAUGCUUAAUGCCUAAACCAAGCAAAUAAGUUACUUUAUAUCGACUUGUUGAUUAACCUAAUAAAAAACACAGUUUUAAAAUAAAA